AUGUUAUAUGAUAGACAACAAGGUGACCUUCGAUCUACGGACCAGGGUAACAGACUUGUGAUGAUGUUAUAUGAUAGACAACAAGGUGACCUUCGAUCUACGGACCAGGGUAACAGACUUGUGAUGGUGUUAUAUGAUAGACAACAAGGUGACCUUCGAUCUACGGACCAGGGUAACAGACUUGUGAUGAUGUUAUAUGAUAGACAACAAGGUGACCUUCGAUCUACGGACCAGGGUAACAGACUUGUGAUGAUGUUAUAUGAUAGACAACAAGGUGACCUUCGAUCUACGGACCAGGGUAAGAGACUUGUGAUGAUGUUAUAUGAUAGACAACAAGGUGACCUUCGAUCUACGGACCAGGGUAAGAGACUUGUGAUGAUGUUAUAUGAUAGACAACAAGGUGACCUUCGAUCUACGGACCAGGGUAACAGACUUGUGAUGGUGUUAUAUGAUAGACAACAAGGUGACCUUCGAUCUACGGACCAGGGUAACAGACUUGUGAUGAUGUUAUAUGAUAGACAACAAGGUGACCUUCGAUCUACGGACCAGGGUAACAGACUUGUGAUGCUGUUAUAUGAUAGACAACAAGGUGACCUUCGAUCUACGGACCAGGGUAACAGACUUGUGAUGCUGUUAUAUGAUAGACAACAAUGUGACCUUCGAUCUACGGACCAGGGUAACAGACUUGUGAUGGUGUUAUAUGAUAGACAACAAGGUGACCUUCGAUCUACGGACCAGGGUAGCAGACUUGUGAUGGUGUUAUAUGAUAGACAACAAGGUGACCUUCGAUCUACGGACCAGGGUAACAGACUUGUGAUGCUGUUAUAUGAUAGACAACAAGGUGACCUUCGAUCUACGGACCAGGGUAACAGACUUGUGAUGCUGUUAUAUGAUAGACAACAAGGUGACCUUCGAUCUACGGACCAGGGUAACAGACUUGUGAUGGUGUUAUAUGAUAGACAACAAGGUGACCUUCGAUCUACGGACCAGGGUAACAGACUUGUGAUGGUGUUAUAUGAUAGACAACAAGGUGACCUUCGAUCUACGGACCAGGGUAAGAGACUUGUGAUGGUGUUAUAUGAUAGACAACAAGGUGACCUUCGAUCUACGGACCAGGGUAGCAGACUUGUGAUGGUGUUAUAUGAUAGACAACAAUGUGACCUUCGAUCUACGGACCAGGGUAACAGACUUGUGAUGGUGUUAUAUGAUAGACAACAAGGUGACCUUCGAUCUACGGACCAGGGUAGCAGACUUGUGAUGGUGUUAUAUGAUAGACAACAAGGUGACCUUCGAUAUACGGACCAGGGUAACAGACUUGUGAUGGUGUUAUAUGAUAGACAACAAGGUGACCUUCGAUCUACGGACCAGGGUAACAGACUUGUGAUGGUGUUAUAUGAUAGACAACAAGGUGACCGUCAAUAUACGGACCAGGGUAACAGACUUGUGAUGGUGUUAUAUGAUAGACAACAAGGUGACCUUCGAUCUACGGACCAGGGUAACAGACUUGUGAUGGUGUUAUAUGAUAGACAACAAGGUGACCUUCGAUCUACGGACCAGGGUAACAGACUUGUGAUGGUGUAA